UUAAGAGGAUAACAAGGGAAGCCGGUGGAACUAAGAGCUCUCUCGAGAGAAAAUGGCGAUGUCUUUGGGGGUUAUCUCUACCUUCUUCUCCGGCGAAACGGCGUCGUUUUCUAAGUCUGCGUUGUCCUUGACAUCACUCCGGCACCUUCCGCCUCCUUCUCCUCAUACUAACCUGCGCCUGGUGCGAACCGUAACCUCGGCUGCCGCGUCGAAGCCGCCGGCUGCGGCCACCGGCAAGCGGGAGCCUCGAGGCAUCAUGAAGCCUCGCCGGAUUUCGCCGGAAAUGCAAGACUUUCUCGGCGUCCCCGAGAUUCCUCGGACCCAAGCGCUUAAGCAGAUUUGGGCUUAUAUCAAGCAACACAAUCUUCAGGAUCCUGAAAACAAGAAGAUUAUAGUCUGUGAUGAGAAACUGAAGAGUAUAUUUGCAGGGAAGGAUCGCGUUGGUUUUCUUGAGAUUGCAGGGUUGAUUAAUCCACACUUUCUUAAGUGAAACUCAAUCUGCAAGAGGAUGGAUUUAGAACUAGAAAACCAGCUAUGAAGCAAAUUUUGCACAAGGGCUCUCUGUUGAGUUGGUGAUAUCACUCAAUAGAAGUGGGAGCGCUUUAUGCGACUUAGUACUUAAUCUUCAAUUCUGGAACCUGCAUAUAGUAACUGGCUUUUUUGGUUUUGUUGAGUGGGUCUGUUUCUAGGAUUAUGCAGGCUAUCUAAUGCAAUAUUUUCAGACGCCCAGCCCAAUUUUUUUAAUUUUAGUUAAUAUCUUGAGCUUUUGCUGGAA